UCUUGACAUUUUCACAUUUUCUUUCCCAAAAAAACACCCCACAUCCAGAAUCCCAAUUUCGCUAAACUCAUCGAUUCUGCUUCAUCACUUUUGCGAUUCAAGAUGAGGUGCAAAAUCUGAUGCAAUGGCAACAUCUAGCAAGUUCAAUCUGUCUUCUGGUAGCCCAGAUAGGGCUUUAUACCCUGGUGGAGAGCGUGUGUCCCACUUAGCUUCUCAGUUGGACAGAUCAAGUACCUUCCACGAGAGCAUUGAGACUCCAAUCUUGGCUUCUCUUCCAAAUGUGUCGAGAAGCAGUUCUGUAGUAACUCAAGGAGAUGUGUCCAGUUUCCUGCAGUGCCUGCGGUUUGAUACAAAGGCAGUUGCUGCUAAUCAUAAGUCUAAUUGUCAAGGAGACUUAAAAAAGCUCUUGAAUAUUGCACUCGGUAUUUCAGCUGAUGAACCUUCUACUGGUUCAUCAAAGGGCAAGCUGUUAUUAUCUCCCACACCAGAAGAAAUAAAACGGGUCAGGCAUGGCUUGUGUGAGAGCACUAUCAAGGCCAGGGAACGAGUGAAGAUUUUCAGUGAAGUCUUAUCCGUAUUCAACAAGUCUUUCCCAGCCAUACCCUCAAAGAAGAGAUCUCGAUUGGAAGGCUUUUCAGUUGACCAUUCUAAUGCUUCCUUAUCUAGUGAGCGGUCAGUGUUGGGUCCUACCCCUG